AUGGGCACCAUCGUCGCUGAAAAUUUGGAUGAAGGAAUCAGUACAACUCCACUACAAUGUUCUGUGUUUAUGAAAAGGCAGAAAAAGAUUGACCCCGAGGUAGCGAAGCAACGCGAAAUCCGUAGAAGAAAACGGCUCGAGAAGGAAAUCAGACAAAUGCAGAAGCACAGUAAGAAACCAAAGCCAGUUGAUGAGUUAACGCUGGAUGUGAAAUCUGCUAAAAAUAUUAGUGAACGAUACCGUGAACCUACCGUUCUGACAGAGGAUCAGAUCGACGAACGAGCGGUCUCUGCGAAGCAGUAUACACGCAGCCGCAACGAGUUGCAAAAGAAGGACGACGCGUGGGUUCGAAUGGUCAUCAAAGCACAAAGGAAAGCAUUGCAGGAGUUGAAGCUCAUCGAUCCGGUAUUAUAUGAAAAAGCCGUCGAGCCAGUUUCCUCGCCAGUGCAUGUAGUUGUUCAUGGACCAGGACUGACUCCACCAAUUGCCAAUUACCAGUCACCGGAUGGUGACUAUUUCGAUACUACUCGAACGUGGACUUGA